CGAGUAGGCACUUGAAAUUUGAACACAGCGUAGAUUCUGGCACAUAUAAAUACCCAAUGUUUUGCUGAAUGUAACGUCAUAAAGUUACAAUCUGUUGUUCUUAUUGAAAAGAAAAAUCAGAAUGAAACUAAUCAUCGCUUUUGGUGCCCUCAUCGUUGCUAUCAACGCUGCUUCUGAUCAGGAGUUGUGGGCUGAUUUCAAGAAAACUCAUGGAAAAACCUACAAGAGCCUGAGAGAAGAGAAACUCCGCUACAACAUCUUCCAAGAUACCGUCCGUGAAAUUACUGAACACAAUGUCAAAUACGAAAAUGGCGAGUCCACCUACUACCUAGCCAUCAACAAGUUCUCCGACAUGACAAAGGAAGAGUUCAAAGCCAUGCUGUUGAAAAACAUGGCUUCGAGGCCUAGCUUGGAGGGUAUGGAAGAAGCCAAUUUGACAGUCGGAGCUGCCCCUGAAUCCAUCGACUGGAGGACGAAGGGAGCUGUUCUUCCUGUCAGAAAUCAAGGAGGUUGUGGAGGUUGCUGGGCAUUCAGUGCCGUGGCCUCCACCGAAGGUCAAUUAGCAAUCAAAAGCGGUUCCCAGACUCCCCUGAGUCCCCAACAGCUGAUCGACUGCUCAACCAGCUACGGCAACGAGGGUUGUAAUGGCGGUUUGAUGACCAGUGCAUUCGAAUACAUUCAGAAAAAUGGCCUGGAGAGCGAUGCUGAUUACCCGUUUGCAGAAAAGGACAACAAGUGCAAAGUAAAUGAUGAAAAGAAAAGCAUUGUCAAAUUGGCCGGAUACAAGACAGUCGCUGCUUCAGAGGCGAUGUUGAAAGAGGCUGUUGGUACUAUUGGACCAAUCUCAGUCGGUGUCAACUCUGAUAAUUGGCAAUCAUACGGUGGUGGAAUUUUCAGCAAUUUACUGUGCUUGGGCUUCUCCCUCGACCACGGUGUGACUGCUGUAGGUUACGGAGAAGAAAAUGGUCACAAAUUCUGGAUUAUCAAAAAUUCUUGGGGAGAGGAUUGGGGAGAAUCUGGUUACAUUCGACUGAACCGUGAUACAUUCCACAACUGUGGUGUGGAGAAGAUGGCCAGCUAUCCCAUUGUUGCAUGAACUAACUUGGGAAUAUAUUGAAAUUGUUGUCAAUAAAGUUGAGCAUUAUUAAAAGUUCCGUGUGUUUCUUAUGUUCUUGAA